UUCGAUAAGAUUGUUGAGGAAUGGAAGAGAAAGGUUGAUGACAUUCAGAAGGAAAUUGACGCCACCAAUCGCGACUCCAGAAACACGAGCACGGAAGUAUUCAAACUCAAAUCUGCCAUGGAAAAUCUCACCGAACAGUGCGAGAGCCUUCGCCGUGAAAACAAGAACUAUGUGCAGGAAAUCCGCGACGUUAACGAGCAGAUCACUCAAGGCGGCAGAACAUUCCACGAGUUGCAAAAGGCGGUGAAGAGAAUCGAACUGGAAAAAGAGGAAUUGCAACAUGCGCUUGAUGAGGCUGAGGCUGCUUUGGAGGCUGAAGAAAGCAAGGUGAAAGAGCUACAAGGACAAGUUGAUGAUGAACAACGCCGUCGUGAGGAGAUCCGUGAGAACUACCUGGCAGCUGAGAAGAGACUUGCUAUCGCACUUGCCGAAACUGAGGAGGUUCUCCAACGAAUCGAUACUGCCGAGAAGAGGGUGUCAAGGAAAGAGAUAAUAGAAAACUUGGGUCUAGAAAGAGUUUGUGGCAAGCGCGAAGCACUAUGCGAGAAGAAGAUUAGCGCCCAUGCUGCACUCUAUGGUUUUGUUAGUAACAAUCACAUCGCUCAAACCUAA